AUGUCUUCCCCAAGCGCUCUGGAGGCUUCUCGUCGACGCCGUAACGAAGAGCCUCUCUCUCAGGCGUCGCAAAAUUUGACACGACGCUCACCACCCGAGUAUUGGGAUAACUUAUCGACAGUUUGGCUGACUAGAGCAACCUCUCCGCCGGCCAUUGACGAGAAGUCGCCAGGCACUGCUGAAGAGCUAUACCCACACCCAGCGAAGUAUUGCAAAGAGGACCUGCGAGUUAUAAAGAUCUUCGCGAGGCACGGCGGUCCUGAUCUAUCUGACCUUAGAAAUUACCCCGAUCUCCAGCUCCAGAUCUCCUAUCAUCAAUCGAUGAGUACGCCGGGAUCACUGAGUCGGAAAAGGCGUGCUGGGUCUCCGUUAGAAAACAAUAUAGAUAAGGCUACUACCAAACCCUCCAAUACUUCGGCUUACAGUCGGAAUUUUCAGCAGCAUCUCGCUGAUCAUGGAAUUUACUGUACGGGCUAUGGCCAUCGUUCUGACCCCACAAAGCCCAGUAAUUGGGGUGAAAUUCAAGAACGGUUAGCUAAGCCAAGGCGCUCUCUCUCCCCUUCGAGAUUCUCUGAGAGUGACUUCGAGGCGUUUGUACGAGCUGAUGAGCAAAUGAGCACUGAGAAACAAGUAACGGCGAAGAUCCUUCCAAUUAUCGAAGGAGAUACUAGCACACAAUUUCGUGGAACGGAUUAUCCAUUUACGAACCUUGCUCCUUUAACAGAUGGCUCGCUGGCAAGUGCAAAACCAGACCAUUUCUUCGGUGCUCACCCUAAGGACCUUACACUUGAUAUCCGCAAGGCGCUCAAGGAUAAAAUUAUCCCUUCUACCGCAGAAGACCGCCCGAUGCUCCUGAACUUCUUCUUUGAAGCUAAAGGCCCCAGUGGUUCCCUUCCUGUGGCCUCACUGCAGGCUUGUUACGAUGGUGCCCUAGCUGCUAGAGGAAUACACUCUCUCCAGUCUUACAAGAAAGACACCGUGUACGACGGCAACGCAUACACGGUGACUUCGACUUAUCAUGGCGGCACUCUUAGGCUUUUUACAACGCACAUUGCUGCUCCUACCGCAGAGAGUGAUAAUCGCCCUGAAUACAUCAUGUCUAAACUCGAUGGUUGGUAUAUGACUGGUAACUCGGAGUCUUUCAGGAAGGGAGCAACUGCCUAUCGAAAUGCCUUGGAAUGGACAAAGGAACAGAGAGAUAUGGCCAUAAGAUCCGCGAAUGAAAGACACAUGCAGUCGCUGCCCCAAGUUGAAACCGAUUCUGCCUUAAAGGAAACCACAUCAGUUCAAACAGUCGCCCCUAAGGGCUCUAACACGUCUGAGUCUGCUGAGCCCGGGCCUCUUGAUGGCAGUGAUGUUAAGAUUCGGCCAUACAGGUAA